GAUCCCAAGAGCAGAAGACAAACAGAGCUCCAGAACCCCAAGACAGAGCCACAGACUGUGGGGAUCCCUGGCCCAAGACCUGCCCUUCAUCCCAAGUUCCUGCUGAGUCAUUUCAUCACACUGAAGAUGUCUGUUUUGCAGGAGAACUCAGGUGUGAAAAUGGACUUUGAAGACUGGGAAAGAGAGGAACCCCAGUGCUGCUCAGAAGACCCAGCCAGAAGCCCCCUGGAGCCAGGCCCGAGCCUCACCUCCAUGAGUUCUGCACACUCAUGUAAGGCCCCUGGGUGGACUGAUGAGGCGCCAAAUAAGAUGAGCAUUCAUGAUCAGGAUCACAAAGUAUUGGUCCUGGAUUCUGGGACCCUCAGAGCAGUUCCGGAUAAAACCUACACACUCCUAGAGACUUUUUUUGUACUAGCCUCCCACUUGAGCUCAGCCUGUGAGCAGAAAGGAAGUCCGAUUCUCCUGGCAGUCUCUAAAGGAGAGCUUUGUCUCUGCUGUGACAAGGACAAAGGACAAAGCAAGCCAUCCCGUCAGCUGAAUGAAAAGAAAUUUACCAACCUGACUGCCUAGAAAGAACUAGCACUGGCCUUCAUCUUUUAUAGGGCUAAGGUGGGCUCCCAGAACACAUUGGAGUUGGCUGCCCACGCUAGAUGGUUCAUCUGCACCUCCUGCAAUUCUGGUGAACCUGUUGGAGUGACAGAUAUUCUUGGGAAAAGGAAACACACUGAGUUUUCAUUCUGGCGAGUUCCCAAAGCUGAAGUGAGCCCCAGUGAGGUCACUGAGUAGGAAACUGCCCCAUUGAAUGCCUUCUGUGC